AUGAACGCCUCUGACUUCCACAGGGAAAAGUACUCCACGGCCCGGCACUCUCUGAAUCUCUACCACUGCGUGUCAAUCACAGGUCGCUACGCAGUCCCACCAGGAACUGGCGAUGAAGAACAUCUUCGAGCGGCUCUUCAGCGGGCGGUCGCACAAGUCGUUUCGGAGCAGCCUUUGAUGCGCGUCGGAAUCAUCGACGAAGACAAACAAAACACCAGCUAUGUCCACGUUCCGCGCAUUGAUCUCUUGGAACAAACCCAGUUGUUUGGGCCAUCCCAGCCGGAUGAAGUGGACGCCACUCUCGGCAGACAUCUGUCAUACCAGCACAGCCAGCUUUGGCCAGACAUUGAACAGCGCCCACCGUGGAAGAUUGCUGUCAUACCGAUUGCGAGCGGCAAAGAUGCACCAGCCGAGAUUGAGGUCGUCUACUCUUUCCACCAUGCCGUCAGCGAUGGUACCAGCGGCUCCAUUUUUCACACUCGACUUCUCGAGGCACUCAGAAACCCUGUGAAGGACAUUCAAGGCUUCAACGGAAAGCUUCUUGAACUGCCGAAUCCACCAAUUCUGCCACCUCCGCAGAAUGAGCUCAUCAAUACCCGGAUCAGCUGGUCGUUUUUUCUUGCGACCCUUUGGGACGCUUUCGGUCCAUCCUGGUUGAAAAGCAAACCUGCCGUGGUGCCAUGGACGUCUCGUCAAAUUGACCUCUCGCUGUCGAGCCACACAAGCGUCCGCAUAUUGCGGAUUUCUUCACUGAUUGCAGCAAAGCUGCUAACCGCCGCUCGAGGCCAUUCUUUGACGCUGACGUCGCUUCUUCAUGCCCUCAUCACUGCGUCCGUCUCGCGAAGGCUUCCAGCAACCGAGGCAUCGGCGUUCAAGCCCUGCUCUCCCGUUAGCUUGCGGCGAUACCUUCCUGCCGGCGCCGAGCUCCACGCAAAGAAGGAUAUGCUGGUCCUCGUGACUUCAGCCGAUCACUCGAUACCGAGUUCCCUCGUCACCAAGCUUCGCGACUCAUCAGGCCCAGACUACGAGAGCGCGAUAUGGGAGGUCGCUGCCUGCGUCAAGACCAGCCUCGAGGAGAAACUCGCCACGCUUCCCCACGACGACGCAGGGGCCAUGCUGAAAUACGUCGGCGACUACCACGAGUACUUCCGAGAGAAGAACGGAGGAGAACGCGGCAACAGCUGGGAACUGAGCAACUUGGGAGCCAUCAGAGGCGGCGAGGAUGACGGGAAUUGGAAGUUGGUGCGUGCUGUGUUCUCGCAGAGCGCCUCGCUCCUGGGUCCUGCGUUCAGCGCCAACGUGGCCGGCGUAGCUGGCGGCGAGGUCACCAUCACACUCUGCUGGAACACAUCCGUUGUUGAUGGCAGUCUGUUUGACGGCCUGGCUGCUGAUUUGGGCGCAUGGGUAUCGGAGAUAGCCAACGGCGUUCCACUCACGACAUGA